AGCAGAAGACCCGUUACCUAGUUACAAGCGAGUGAUGGUGCAACGAGUAGCCAAAUGUAAUGUUGGUGGCUUUCAGUGCAGGCUGCCUCUCGGACUGUGAACAGUCAGGUGGAAGUGCUCGUAAAAGAAAGUUCAUUCCGUUUCAAUUGAUUUAUUUUAUAUCGGACACACUAAAGAAAGAACGAUUGUGUACCCUAUUAUUUGCAAGUAACAAUUUUGUGGUAAUUUCUCAAGAGAAAGCACAACUUCACCAUUAUUUAAUCACCCAGCUGUGGAUACUUACCGAAAAAACGUGUUUGCAAAAGUGAAAGGACAGAUGGGUGGGAGUUGAGAGAGACAGACAGACAUCCCCCUGCUCCUCCAUCUCUCCUGCCUGGACUUCUGCUCACCGCCCCCUCAGAGAUGUCAGAGGACAUGUGGGAGAACAGAACAGUCCCCAGCUCUUACCCCGACCUCCCCCUGUCUUUGCUACUAUGCAACGACACCCUCCUCAAUGACACCCUCCUCAACGACACCCUCUUCAACUGUAUCAACUCCACCAACAUUCCAGAGAUGCCAUUAGGACCCAGUGUAGCAGGGGUCCUCAUCCCACUCAUCUACAUCAUCGUCUGUGUCAUCGGCCUUGGCGGGAACAGCCUGGUCAUCCACAUUGUGCUGCACUACUCCAAGACGGAGUCUGUGACUAACAUCUACAUCCUGAACCUGGCCAUCGCUGAUGAGCUCUUCAUGCUGGGCCUGCCCUUCCUGGCUGUCCAGAACACCCUCCAGUUUUGGCCCUUUGGCUCCUUUAUGUGCCGCCUGGUCAUGACCGUGGACUCCAUCAACCAAUUCACCUCCAUCUUCUGCCUGACCGUCAUGAGCAUUGACCGCUACCUGGCAGUGGUCCAUCCCAUGCGCUCCUCCAAGUGGCGGCGGCCCCAGGUCGCCAAGGUGGUUAACGGCACAGUGUGGGCCAUCUCCUUCCUGGUGGUCCUGCCUGUGGUAAUCUUCGCCAACGUCCACAAGACGGGUGGCACCUGCAAUAUCUCCUGGCCUCGGCCGGCCGACAUUUGGCGGGCGGCUUUUAUCAUCUACACGUCCACAGUGGGUUUCUUCUGCCCACUCCUCAUCAUCUGCCUCUGCUACCUGCUCAUCGUCUUCAAGAUCCGCAGCUCUGGCAAGAAGGUCCACGCCACGUCCACCAAGCGCAGGAAGUCUGAGCGCAAGGUGACGCGCAUGGUGGUGAUCGUGGUGGCCGUGUUUGUCUUCUGCUGGUUGCCCUUCUAUGCCCUCAACAUUCUCAACCUGCUGGUGUCUCUGCCAUCAGAGUACCCGGGCCUCUACUACUUUGUUGUGGUAAUGGGUUACGCCAACAGCUGCGCCAACCCCAUCGUCUACGGCUUCCUGUCAGAAAACUUUAAGCGGGGCUUCCGCAAGGCCCUGUGUCGCUCCUCACGCAAGGUGGAGAGCCACGACCUGACAGAGCGCCAGCAGCAGCAGGAGGAGAGAGGUAGGGUGCUGAAGCCCCGAGAGAGCUUGAGGAGGGUCGUACGAGAUGAGGAGGAGGAAGAGGAUGAUGAAGACAGGGAGGACGUCACAGAGAUGACGGAGAUCUGUAGGAUCGCCCAGAAUGGGAACGAACAUCCUGAGAGUUCCCAGGCCCUGUUAACACCCAAGGCGUCAGCUCCAGGGGCAUCUGAGCAUGUGGCAUCCCCAGAAAGGAAAGCCAAAGCUGGUGACAUUGGUGGGAAAGGCCCAAGCUUGGGGCCUCCAGCAUCCCUGCAUAAUGGACACACAAAUGGGAGUGUCAAACCACUGCCAGAGGAGCCAGUGGAGAAGAACACCUCACUGGAGAUAAGCUACCUAUAAUGUAAAAUAACUGUCUCUGAAGUCAGUUACCUGAUGGAACUUGCAUUAAUAUUUUGUAGCAUUCAUGUAAUGUCUAUGGAAAGAGCUAAAGUGUGGCUCUAUUUAAAUGUACAGCGCUAUACACAUAUAGAGAAGAGAAGCACUCUGCAAGGCCAUAGCACCUUUCAUAAUGUAUUGCUACAUUUCUGAUCAAUGGGCUGAGAGCGUUUGAACUCUGCAUCAAGCCAAUGGAAUUUGUGUUACAAUGACUUGAUACUGCCUGUAAAACGGUGUAUAUACUACGUUCUUUCUGAAGACAUUUGUACAAUUUCAAUCUGUGUUUAUAUGUUUUCCCACGUGAUCACUGUAUGUACAUAAUGUCUGUGCCUUUUUCCAAACUUAUCUGACAUAUCUGAUUGUGUUACAUUUUUACUGCACAAUGUGACAAUCAAUUAUAUAUAGAUGAAUGUAGCGUCACUUUUAUAUCCUAGUCAUUCACCUCGCUACACCUUAGCUGGAGGAACAGAGGACAGAAGAAAAAGAAGGCACCUUCUAUUCCAUGCCAACAGAAUGGCCCUACACUCUUAGAACAAGGGUUCCAAAAAGGUUCCAAAAGGGUUCUUUGGCUGUAGAUAGCACCUCAUUUUCUAAGACUGUACCACUUGUUUGUUUAGAUUGUUGAGGACUGGGGGGUGCACAAUCAGAGGAGGAAAACAGGUGCCCUGAUUGGCAUUAAAUCAAACAGUGGUUGUAGAUUUUUGAGGGUUUAUUUUGCUUGUGUGUUGUGAGCCGUGGUUGUGUUUGUACUGCUGCUAUUUGGGGGAAGAAAAGGGCUCUGGAAAGAGUUGGCAACUUGGCAUCCGGUGAGAGUGUCUCAUGUUACUGAAUAUGUCACAUUCCUGACCUGUUUUCUGUUAUUUUUAUAUGUGUUUAGUUGGUCAGGGCGUGAGUUGGGGUGGGCAUUCUAUGUUUUGUGUUUCUAUGUUUAGGUCACUUGUAAUUAGCCUUAUAUGGUUCUCAGUCAGGGACAGGUGUUUGACGUUUCCUCUGAUUGAGAACCAUAUAAAGGUUGGCUGUUCACAAUGUUUGUUUGUGGGUGAUUGUCUUCCGUGUCUGUGUAUGUUGCACCACACGGGACUGUUUCGGUUUUGUUCGUUCGUUUGAUGUAGUCUGUUCCUGUUCGUGAGUUCUUCGUGUCUUUAUGUAAGUUCCAUGUUCAGGUUUCGUCUACGUCGUUUUCUUAUUUUGUAGUUUGUUGAAGUGUUUUCGGUUUUCGUCUGUACUUUAAUAAACUUAAUUAUGUAUUCACAACCCACUGCAUUUUGGUCCUCCGAUCCUUCUCUCCUCUCCUCGUCCGAGGAGGAGGAGGAACUAGACGAUCGUUACAGAAUAUCAAGGUGGAAUAUCUAGUGACAGUGUCUCAUGUUACUGAAUAUCAAGGUGGAAUAUCUGGUGACAGUGUCUCAUGUUACUGAAUAUCAAGGUUGAAUAUCUGGUGACAGUGUCUCAUGCUACUGAAUAUCAAGGUGGAAUAUCUGGUGAGAGUGUUCAAUUUGCUUGAGGGCAUACCAAGGUUGCACAUAUCUGAUUGUUGUUGUGUUGUUGUUCAACACUUGACCCUCUGGUUUCUGUAACUCAGCCUAUAUAGUAUGCCAUUUGAAAGGUCAAGGAACAUCAGAGUUCCUAUACACGGAUUGUUUCUUUUAAGAAUGACUUUUUCCUUUUCUUUUGAAUGCUAUCUGGCAGCUAUGACAGGGGAGCCACAUUGGAGGCAUUGAGGUUGAACAGACAGAGGAUAUGAGAAUAUAGACAGAUAAGAUAUGAGCAUGAAUGGCUGAAAUCACGACAUUGUAGGGAUGGUAUCUACAAUAUCUGACACCUAGGUGAUUCAUAUGAUAAAUGUGUAAUAAAUGUAUUUGUUUUAUCAUAGAUAUUUACUUGGAUAACAAAAGGAGCGCAGAAUGUAAAAAUAGUGGAUGUUCUCUUUAGAGGUCUAGUUCAUCAGGGGAAAAGACUACUGUAAAUCAUGCACAGACCAAGCCAUGAAAAAGAAACUGGUACUGUAGGUGCACACAGAAUAUGCAUUAUUAGACCGUUACACCAGAGUUAUCACAAAUCCACAAACCCUCAUAAACCAUUUUGCCCAGUGGAGUAGAAGGCAUUAGGUGAAACCACACUGACCAACACAGAAAGUGCCUCAGUAUAUUGUUACACUCCACCAACAUUGUUGACUCUUGUGUCCCUUUCACUGCAUUCAAUGAUACAAAUAGCAGUGUAUUGUAGAAAGCAGUUAACUCACUUGAACAAUGCUACCUGAUCCAUGAUAAAUCAAUUUCCUCUGCCACCCCCGCCGCUGCCACACUCCCACACACACACUCUCUCUCACACAGCUGCAUUAAGAGGUGUGAAAACAU